GGCUCUAUACUCCUAUUAAGAUAAAAUGGGGCCAGGUGCAGUGGCUCAUACCUAUAAUUCCAGUACUUUGUGGGGCCAAGGCAGGAGGAUCCCUUGAGCCCAAGACUUAGAGACCAGCCAAAGCAACAAAGUGAGACCUCGUCUCUACAAAAAAUUUAAAAAUUAGGUGUGGUGGUGUGCUUCUGUAAUCCCAGCUAUGUGGGAGGCUGAGGCUGGAGGAUUGUCUGAACCUGGGAGGUUGAGGCUGCACUCCAACAUGGGCAAUGGAGAGAGAUCCUGUCUCAAAAAAAAAAAAAAAAAAAGAUAAAAUGGGGAAAGAUGGAAAUUCUGAUUUCUUUCGAGUUCUUGGACACUGACGGCCACAUGACAGAAUUUCCAGGUUCCUUUAGGGGAAAAAUUAAGCUGGUGACACCAGGAAGUUUGAGGAUGAACUCGGUGACACAUAGUGUUUAUCUGCUUGAGGUGCUUAUCUGCUUGUGGGUGGAGCCCUUUGGGCCAUUUCAGGUGUCAGUGACCAUGGUUCCCACCACUGAGUGCUUUAUAGGCAUUGACAUUUUGGUGGCUUGUGGCACAGAAUGUCACUGCCACCAGAGGGGCUAUGACCCCUAACAGCUAAGGAUUUGAGCCAUAACAGUGGGGCACAUCCCCUCCCACCUACCACCAUAUCUUGCCACAUUUUUACUGACUCAUGGGCCAUUGCCAACAGCCUAGCCAUCUGGUCAGGGGAAUGGCAGCAGUGAUUGGACUAUUAAAAGAUUCCAUGUGUGGGGACAAGGGCUAUGGCAACAGCUUGCUGUUGGAAGGGACUCUAUAUGCCACUCAUGUGGAUGCUCUGACUACCACAGCUGCCCUUGAGAGGACUUAUGUUUUUGGAUACCCCAUGGGACUUCACUCUGACCAAGGAAAAUCCUCACUGCCCAAGCAACAUGACAGUGGGCACACUCAUGCAAUACAGUGGGUUUUCCAUGCACUCUGUCAUCCACAGGCCAAUGGAGCCAUUGAAUGAUGGACCAGUCAACUCACAAAGCAACUGAAUAAAGGACAUCAGGACAGCCUGUUAGUGGGGUGGCACCUCGACCUGACUAGGGCAGUGCGGACACUAAGCACUGUUCUCCAAUCAAGGGAAACACAGCACUGCACACAUCUUGAAAAACGCUGAGCUUGAUGUGGAUAGAGGUGGACCAGGUGACUGCCUGAUGAGGCUGCACCUGUGAAAUUCCAAUCUCAGUGUUCCCAACCAUUGUCUUUUCUUUUUCCAUUUAGAGUGCACAUCCUGUAGGUGGCCGGUGGUUCAAGCUGCCAGAGCACCCGACAGGCCCCUCUGACUCUGAUCUAGAGGUGAUACUUCCCCCAGGUGCCUCUCUUCUAUGAAAUCCACAGGGAUACAGGACAGGACCAAGGAGUAUCAGGGUGCUAGGCUUAGUGGCACCAGGAACACCUGAUCCUUCCAUUCAGGAAGAAACUGAGGUCGCCCGGUGCAACGGCCAACACAGGUUAAGACAAAGCCGAGACUCAAAACCAGACCCCAGCUUCCGGUCCCAGCCCAUAGAUUCUUCCAUUUCCUUCGCCGGAAGUGAUAUACAGCCCCUGUUCUCCUUCGCGUCCGUUGACGGGACCCAGGUUGGGGAGGCGGAAGAAUGGGCUGGACCAUGGGCGGAAGCACCCCUCCUACCAGGACCCGGAAACAGAUGGCCACCCCGAGCCGGCCUAUCCGGAAACUGGCUCGAAGAAGACGGGGAUUGGCCAUCGCUUCCGGAAGUUGUGAGCUUUGUUUCGGAGCGGGAGCUCUUCCGAGACGCACUGGGGGCUGGAUGUAGAAUCCUGCUUAUCUGUGAAAUGCAGUUAACACAUCAGCUGGACCUAUUUCCCGAAUGCAGGGUAACCCUUCUGUUAUUUAAAGAUGUAAAAAAUGCGGGAGACUUGAGAAGAAAGGCCAUGGAAGGCACCAUCGAUGGAUCACUGAUAAAUCCUACAGUGAUUGUUGAUCCAUUUCAGAUACUUGUGGCAGCAAACAAAGCAGUUCACCUCUACAAACUGGGAAAAAUGAAGACAAGAACUCUAUCUACUGAAAUUAUUUUCAACCUUUCCCCAAAUAACAAUAUUUCAGAGGCUUUGAAAAAAUUUGGUAUCUCAGCAAAUGACACUUCAAUUCUAAUUGUUUACAUUGAAGAGGGAGAAAAACAAAUAAAUCAAGAAUACCUAAUAUCUCAAGUAGAAGGUCAUCAGGUUUCUCUGAAAAAUCUUCCUGAAAUAAUGAAUAUUACAGAAGUCAAAAAGAUAUAUAAACUCUCUUCACAAGAAGAAAGUAUUGGGACAUUAUUGGAUGGUAUCAUUUGUAGAAUGUCAACAAAAGAUGUUUUAUGAAAUGUCAGAAAUAUUAACAAAAAUUCUCAGCAUUAAAGAAAACAUUGAUUUUC